AUGCCAACUUCCUUGGUUACCUUAUCCAGCUUCUGUGCCCAUAUAAAAAACUGCCUCAAUGUCACGUUAGCUAAAACCGCAGUUCCAUACAACAGAACCAACUUACAAGUGGCGAUCCAAUUAUACAACCAGGGUUUCAUUUCAGGAAUACAACGAGGAUCAAAUACGGGACCUGACUUGGUACCUACAGACGUUACACCAGAUAAUGUAAACACGAGGAGGAUAUGGUUGGACUUGAAGUACAGAAACAACUUACCAGUGAUAUCAAAAAUUGAAAUGGUGUCCAAGCCAAGUAAAAAAGUGGAACUAAGUGCAGAGGACGUAAAGACAUUGGCCUCGGGAAUGAAGGUGAGGAGAAUCGAUCAGUUACAGCCUGCCGAAUGUUUAUUCAUCGAGCACGAGAACCAACUUUAUGAAAUCAAUGAUGCUGCAAAGAAAGGAUUGGGUGGCCAAGCUUUGUUUAGGGUGAGGUAA